GCGGGGCCCUGGCCUGGCCUGUCCAAGCGCAAGAGAGAAGGGCAGUUUCAGUGUGCCGCCGCCAUCAUGGUUUUCCGUAACCACGCUUUGGAGGACCGAACUUUGAAAAAUCGUUUUUUGCAGUGUGUAAACGCGUUGUGAGCGCCCAGUGCCGACCGGAAUGCACUAGGCGCGGUUCCGGGUCGCUUGUUCCCGGGUCCCGGUGGGCCCCCCCAGCGGUCCCGGUUCCCGUGUCGUGGCCGAUUCUGUUGUCCCCGGGCGUGUAAAAUUUUCGCGUGUUUUUUUUCCAUUCGCGUUUUUUUGCACCCCACACACACACACACACACAUCCACAAACGUACACACACACACACGCGCGCGCACGGUUUGACACAAGAAAGAGUGAAAGAGAGAGAGAGGGAGAACGACGAGAGAAGGUGAAGGAAGAAGGAGCAAGAGAGAAACAAGAAGAAAAAAAUGUCCAAGCUUUCGUUUCGGGCGAGGGCCCUCGAUCCGUCGAAGCCGAUGCCGAUCUAUCUGGCGGAGGAGCUUCCGGAUCUGCCCGAGUACUCGGCCAUCAACCGGGCCGUGCCGCAGAUGCCGAGCGGGAUGGAAAAGGAAGAGGAAUCGGAGCACCACCUGCAGCGCGCAAUAUGCACCGGACUGAUCAUUCCCACCCCGGAGGUGUUCGAGGCGACCGAUUCGGAGUUUUACGAGCGGUACUACUCACAGGACUACAAAAUGCCCAAGCAGUUGAUCCACAUGCAGCCGCUGAACCUGGAGCAAGACGUGCCCGACUACGACAUGGACAGCGCGGACGAGCAGUGGAUCACGACGCAGGGCAAGCGGCUCGACCUGGACCCGCUCAAGUUCGAGACGAUGAUGGACCGGCUGGAGAAGAGCUCGGGCCAGACGGUGGUGACGCUGAACGAGGCCAAAGCACUGCUCAAGCAGGACGACGAGCUGAGCAUAGCGGUGUACGACUACUGGCUCAACAAGCGGCUCAAGAUGCAACACCCACUGAUACUGUCGGUGAAGACGGAGAGCAGGGGCAACACGACGCCGAACAACCCGUAUCUGGCGUUCCGGCGGCGAACCGAAAAGAUGCAAACCAGGAAGAACCGCAAAAAUGACGAGUCCUCGUACGAGAAGAUGCUCAAGCUGAGGCGGGAUCUGAGCCGGGCGGUGACGCUGCUGGAGAUGAUCAAGCGGCGGGAGAAGAUCAAGCGCGAACAGCUGCACCUCAGCAUCGAGGUGUACGAGAAGCGGUACCAGGCGCAGGACUUUGCCGGCCAGAUGCUGGCCGAGUUCGCCUCGAACGCGACCAAGGCGUCACGUCCCGCGUUCGCGCCGAUCUACUCGAACCAGUACUCGUCGCACCACGGGGCGAUGGCCGGCGGUCAGGGUGUGGCGAGCGGGUCCGGUGCGGGUGUCUACGGCGGCAGCGGGUCUUCGUCGCAGUACCACGGUGGCGGCAGUUCGCGGGACAAACGGGACGGCGACAGCCACAGCAGUAGUCGGAAGGAAAAGCGCCAGUACAAGAAGCGGAAGCACAAAAUCCAAAAGGAUCGCGGCGGGACGUCGACCAGCGGAUCGGCGACGGUCGGCGCCGGCAGUUCCGUGGGUCGGGACGGAUCGGCGCUGGCCGGAGCCAGCGAUCGCUAUCACUACCAGUAUCAUCCGGCGGGUGGCAGUGCCGGUGGUCAGCCGUUGAUCGGAGGACGUGGCACGGUCGAUCCCAGUGCGAUCGCCGCCGGCGCUGGACUCCACGGCAGUGGUGAGAUAUUGGAGGUUCACUUCCACUUCCAGGCGAUCCUAACCUCCCACCCUUUUCUAGGCACUGCCGGCGAUCCCGCGCUGUCCUCGGACGAGGAGGAACUUGCCAACCUGCAGGGUGCGACCGCCCCGGAGGAAGAGUACGCGUACGCCUUCCGGCGGAGCAAGUUUAGUCAAUAUCAUAGGCCCAUCACGAAAGGCUUCGGGAAUUGGCCCUGGGUGUCGAAGGAGGAGAACGGAGCGGCCGACCCGAGGUAUCGGUUCACGUUAGCGUCGCUGCGGCAUCCGAGACCCCGCUGCAUCGGCUUCGCCCGGCGGCGCGUCGGCCGAGGCGGUCGCGUCAUCAUCGAUCGCGCCUCCACCACGCUGGACGACCUGUGGUCCCGGCUGGACUACAAGAUCAUCGAGUCGGAAACGAGCUGCUCGGUGAACGCCGAACCCGAAGAGGAGGAGAGCGUGGUCGUCAGCACGACAAUGGUUCCACCGGUGGCGACGACAACGGAUCGAAAGCGACCCGAUCCGAGUCCGGUGCCGAUGGGUGGUGGUGCGAAACGGCGCCGGCUGGUCAUCAAGGAGGAGACGGACUUGGACGAGCUGUUUUUGGCGGGGGUCGGGCUGGUGCGGAAGCGAAGUCCGAGUGGGUCGUUUGAGGAAGAGCAGGAAGAGCAGAUCGUGGAGGAUCGUGUGCAAGUGAAACAGGAAAAGUGCGGUGGCGGUGAUGAAAGGACAUCGACUCCGGCGGCGGUUGAGGCGACUGUAAUUAGUAGUUUAAGUGGCGGCGUGAAUAACUCAGAAAAUAAUGUGAUAAAAAGUGAAGUGGAUGCGAUGGCCGUGGAGGUCAAGCAGGAGGUCCUGGAAGAUUACGAGCACAUGAUAGACAAUGUAAAUAAUAGCUAUAGGAACCGGAUUAGUGGCAGUGGCGGAAGUGGCAACGGCAUCAACAGCAGCAGUAGUGGCAUCGUCAAUAGUAAAAACAAUUUUAUCCAAUCGUUUAGUAAUAGUAUUAGCAGUAAUAGCCGGGGGUUGGCGUCGAGGUCAGUUCAGCAUGCGGCGGCGGCGGCGGCGGGGACGACGGGGGCGUCCAGCAGUGGGUCGUUGCAAUCUUCCAGCAGUAGCAGCAGGGGUCGGCAGAUUGCGGAAGAGCUUGGGUUGCCGUUGGACAGCCAGGCGAUUGCGAGUGUUUACAGCGAUCUGUUGGAGGAGAUUCAGUCCAGCUGGUUGCACUUCCGGCCAAAGACGCCGGAACCGUUGCCACUGGAGGACGAUCUGUUGCUGGCGGACGAUCCACUGUUUGCGACCGAUGCCAACCGGAUAUCGCUGGAGCUGCAGGCGUUGGGUGAGGAAGGACUUCCGGAGGAGGUGUUUACCCGGUCGUCGGAGACCGUGUUCCGGACGAGGCAGUUUGCGCUGGACGCACUGGUCGAGCCCCAUCCGCUGGGACAGUUGGCCACGGUGGCGCGGACUACGAAGGACGGAGACGAGCUGGGCAUCAAGCUGGAGACGUGCUCCAACUCGGACAACAAUCUCAGUGGGGACAGUUUGAACGAUCUGAACCUUAGCCUGAACGAGUCCGGCGAGGACGAAAAGAUGCUGGACAAAAUUCUGCAAGAGUGCCAAAUUGACGACAUGAAAUCGUUGAACCAGACAAGCAAUUUUUGGAACGGAAUCCUCGAGGACGGGAUCCUCAACCAGUUGGAGGUGCCGGAAGAAGCGAGUGGAGGCGCAGGUAGCGGUGCGGGCACCGGGGUAGACGUCAAGGAAGAACUGGCCAGUCCACCACCUCCGGUAGACGGCGCCCCCAUCGGAGUCCUCUCGACGGUCAACAAGCUGGGCUAUUGCUCGGAACUCGUCGGCUACGACCGCCCUGCUACCGUUGAACGGUACAAAAACAAACGCCGGAAGAUCCUCCGACGGUGCAACAUCCAGGUCGGCAGCAGUUGCUUCACCGUACGAAGUCCACCCCCGGAAGAAAUCGUCCGGAAGCUGUCCGACUCUGCAGCGGCACCCGAUCUCGACACCCCAGUCCUCGACGGCACCACCACCACCGGCGAAAAACCGGACCCAACCUCAGAACCUGCCCCGCAACCCGCAGAAGUCAAGGUAGAAGACGAAUCCGACUCCGUCUCCGCGACCAUUCCUUCCGACCAGAUCAAGAUCGAACCGCCGGACGAACUGCUGGCUGCGUGCUCACCCUCAACACCCGCCUCCACCAACACCACCCCGCUCAUCCAUUCCCACUCGGCGCCACACCUGCAAACCAAUACCUCCGUGAUGGCCCCCUUCCAUCACUCGCUGUCCGCGCCCCAAAUCAAGCUGGAACCCGCCCUCAACCACACGACAACCCUCCAACCGUCCUCGUCCACAUCAUUCCUCAUCGCGUCCCCCUCGACGGUCCAGGUCCAGGUUCAGCAAGCCGCGCAAAACCCGCUCAUCCAGACCGCCCAAACGACGAUCCCGAUCGUCCAGCAGCAACCCUCGCAGCAGCAACAAAUCACGAUCAGCAGCGCCAGCAGCAGUGGAACGUCCACCCCGACGGGAAGUUACAUCGUGCAGCACACGACGCCGAUCGUGCUGUCCCAGCAGCAGAUGCAGCAGAUCGCCACCAGCGGGGGGAACAUUGUGACCGUCAGUGGGAACCAGGUCAUUACGGCGAAGCAGCACCAGCAGUUGCAGCAGCAGCAGAUUCAGCUUCAGAAUGCCGCCGCGGGGGUGAAUGCGGGCGAGACGUACUUUUCGCUGUCGCCGAUCAAGAAGCAGAUCAACGGGCCGAACGAUAAGGUGACGGCGGGAGGGGCGGUGACGGUGGCGGGAGCGGUAGUCGGUGCCACCACUUCCGGCACGGCUAACGCUGCCAGCACCGGCGUCGACGGCAGUCCCAAAGCGACCCCAGUCGGGGCCGCCAACUUGUUCCGCUUUGCCGCGUCGAAACAAAACGUGAUCGGUCCCCGAUUCCUCAUCAACCAGCGAAUACCGGCUGGGACGGCGACCGGCGCCGGUACCACGGCCAUCGGAAUCGCCGGUAGCCCUACCACCACCAAGCAGCAGCAGGAUCUCAACAAGAAGCAGCUGGAGAUGAUCACGAAGGCGCUGGACAUUCGGGCGCAAAAGAUGAUUGUGAAACAGCAGCAGCAGGGCCAGCAACAGCAGCAGCAGCAGCAGCAACAGUUGACGCAACAGCUGGUGAUUCAUCAGAACUCGCUCCAGCAGCCGAUCACGAUUCAGUCCAGCGGGGGAGGUCAGAGUGUGGUGCAAGGCGGAGGUGGACAGGGCACGACGCAGAAGCAAUACAUACUGACGUCGUCGCCGCAGCUGAUCGGGUCGCCGCACGGGAAGAUUGCGAUCAACUCGAUUGGGACGGCCGGCGGCGACGCGGACAAGAACCGGAUUGUGUACGCCAACAUCAAGAACAGCCGUGGGCAGUUUCUGGCGCACAUCAACCACCAAAAAGUUGUAAAUAUCAUUCAACCCAUCCAGCAGCAACAGCAGCAGCAGGCGCAACAGCAGAAGCUCAUGAACAACGUCGUUGGCCAGCAGCAGACGACUCAGCAGCAGCUGCUCGGGGCGGUCUCGGCGGCAUCCGCGACGACCACAAUUGUAAAUAGUAAGGGAGGCGGCAUGCGGAUACCAACGGUUAGCAUUCGGGCCGCCCAGCAGCAGCAGCAGUCUGGAUCUUCGGCCGCGCCCGACUCCACGACGACGAUGGCCAACAGCGCCAGUAUCAAGUUUAUCCAGGUCACCGGUCCGGCCGUGUCGUCUGCUGCUGCUGCUGCGGACAAUGGCGCGGUGACCACGACGACGGCGACGACGACGCUUCAAGGUUCGGCGGUUCCGACCUCGUCCUCGGCGGCAGUGGCCACGACGACGGCGGGGGCCGCGGCACCGCCCACCACCAUCAACAUUACCAACAGGUGAGAAUCGAAGAGCGGCCAGCUCGGUAGGUAACUGUUGUUAGAUUUUAACUUUAACUUAUCGAUAACGAUCGCGUACAUUUAGGUAAAACCAACCUUCCCUCCCAUUAAAGAAACCCCCAGUUCCCCCCUCUCUUGUCAGUGUUGUGUAAUUAUCAGAAAAAAAAAGAAAAACAGAAACGGAAAUCGGAGAGAGAUCAUGAGAGAGAAAAAACGAAAAUUAAGCAAAAGGCAAACGAAAAAAAGUGUUGAGAGAAAUCGAUUUUCACUACUUUCGUGAAAAACGUGUCACGACCGCGUUGCGUAUUUUUUCCCGACUUUUCCCCUUUGAUUAAUUAUAGGUUGAUGUUGGCAUUUACGUACUUUCACUUGUAGCUAAUUUCAAAUAAUAUAAUUACAGUAAGCAGAAAACAAAACAAUUGUAGAUUGUGUAAAUGAAUAAUGAAAUUUUCAAAUAAAAACAACUAAUUUCCACAAAUGAACAUUGACGAGCGAUCAUCUGUAAUUUCGGAGGACACCCGGCAUAUAUAAAAAAAAUCAUUCAUCGAAAAAAUCUCACGAACUCUAAAAAAAAAAAACUCUUCUAUGAGUGAACGAUUGUUUCCAAGAAUUUCUCCUAAUUUGAAAAUGUCCUCCAAAAUCUUCGAACUUUCGUUUAGUUAGCAUCUCGCAAAAGAUAGGAGAGAGUCUCAAUCUCUUUCGAUUUUCUCUCUCGGUGAGAAUGCUCUUUUGCUGAAGAUUUUUCCUGUAGUUGCUGUAGUUAUUAUUUUUGGUUAGCUUUUAAAAUAAUUGUUAAUAAAUAUUGAAAUUAAAUUCUUGUUAGAACAACAUUUUUAUAUAUUUUAAAUUUCAAAACAUAAUUUACACAUUCAUUGCAGAGUCAUCUGUCGGCCGAUAAGUGAAACUUAGUUUUCUUGAAGUGCUGCUGUUUUGACGCAUUUUUUUUGCAAAUUAACAAACAAAAAAAAUGAAAAAUAAAACUAAAAUAUUUUAAAUAUUUUUUUCAAUACAAAUAUAUAAAUUUACAGAUUUUUCAAAAUGUCCUAUGUACAUAGAAGCCCAUGGUGCAUUGGUUGUUUUGAAAAAGUGGAUUUAUACUGCACGUUUCUUAAAUUCUUUUUCUCGAUAUCUCAGGACAUGGCUGUCAAAUAAAUUGAUUUGUAGGAAAGAUUUUUGAAAUUCCUAUUAAGCGAUGUGCAGGAAGUUUUUUUAAUCGAUUUUUAAGACAUCCAACUGUUUGAGGUAAUGUUAUUUCAAGUUAAGUUAAGUGCUAAUUAAUUUAUACAGUGUUGCCAGAUUUUUAAAAUCUUCCACGUGCUUGAAGAUUAUGGGAUUUUUUUAAGUUGUUUGAUACGUUUUAGCAAAAAGUAUAAUAACCUUUUUUAUUAGAUCCGGACGGUAUCAAAUUUGUUUAAUGCAUAACUUUUAAUUCAAAACGUUUCAAGAAUAAUAAUAUGGACCUGGAUGACUCUAAACUACAACUGUUUAAACUGACUUGGCAAAAAUUAAAUCCAUGAAAAAAUGUUUUUUGAGCGACAAUAUUUUUUUUUUUAUAACUUUCAAAAUUAAAAAUAAAUUAGAAAAAAAACAUGAAUACUUCCUGACUGAGACAUUAUGCUAUAAAAAUUAUGUAUAAAAAAUCUGAACAUCGGAUGGCAGUGUUGCCAGAAAUUUGGAUAAAAUUUAUUCCGCAUAUCCCUUUGAAAAUUGAAAAUCAUGACUAUUUUAGUAUUUUCAGCAAAAAAAUAAAUUAUUUUGUGAAAAUUAGAAUAUUUAAUUCAAAAAAUUCUAAAAUAGUGAAAAUGCAUACGAAAUUUCAAAUCGUUUGAUAUCCAUAUUGCAAAUUAUAAAAAUUUGUGUAUUUAAAAAAAAAAUGUUUUUUUUUGUGAAAAUAUGAGUAUUUUAUUUAAAAACAGUGAAAUUCAUACGCAAUUUCGAAUCGUGUGAUGCAUGCGAAAUUUCAAAUCGUUUGAUACCCGUUUUGCAAAAUAUGAAUAUUUGAGUAUUUAAAAAAAUAUAUGGUAUUUUGUGAAAAUUUGAGUACUUCAGCAAAAAAUAUAAAACAGUGAAAAUGCAUACGAAAUUUUGAAUCGUGUGAUACCCAUAUUGCAAAUCAGGUAAAUUUAAGUAUAUUCAAAUAAAUAUGGAAUUAGUGAAAAUUUUAGUCUUUAACGGUGCACAUCAACCAGAGCUUUUGCACCCAGAUUUUUGUUGCAGACAUUUUAGUAUCUUCAAAACUACGGGUACUUUCGAAAUAUUUUUUUAUUCAUCCCCUAAAGUAUUGUCCACAAAGCAAUUUACAACAAAGUUUGAUUAAUUAUACAAUCCCGUUAUUGCAGGAUUGGGUUCGUAAGUUUGACAAUUUUGGAAUAAGAAGACAACAACUUCCUUCGUUGCUGUGCACCCUUAAUUCAAAAAAAGUCUAAAACAGUAAAAAUUUAUACGAAAUUUCAAAUCGUUUGAUACCCAUACUUUUUAUCCAGAAAAACUCUAAAAACAGUAAAAAUGCGUACGAAAUUUCAAAUCGUUUGAUACCCAUAUUGCAAAUUAUGACAAUUUGAGUACAUAGCUUCAAAAAAUAUGUUUUGGUAUUUUGUAAAAAAUUGAGUAUUUUAUUUUAAAAACACUAAAACAUUGAAAAUUUAUUUGAGAUUUCAAAUUGUUUGAUACCCAUAUUGCAAAUAAAAAAAAAUUGAGUAUUUAAAAAAAACAUUCUUUUUUCAAGACUUCAAAUAUUUAUUUUACCAUUUAGUUAGACAUGUAUGCUAACAUUGACGUUAACGGUUUAACAAUUUUCAUUCAUUUUGUGAUCAUAAAUUGUGCAGAAUUUAUAGUUAUUGUAAUUCAUAGUGAAAACGAGACCCAAAACUAUAAAAAAUCGCAAACAAAAUGGAAAAAAGCCUUCGAAUUCUGAAGUAGACUAGAAGCUGUUGAAAAAUAACACAAUUUAAAACCUCAGCCUAAAUUUAGACCUCGUACGCGUUACUUUUCAAACUUUUUCUCAUCAAUUUUACCUAUUGUUUUUGUUCGUUGUUUCCUCUCUCGCUCUCUUUCGAUUUGUGUUCAUCUUCGUCGUCGUCGUUGUCGUCGUCUCUUGUGCGCCAAAAAACAUUCACGUCUCAUUGCGCGCAGUUAGCAGCAGCUGCUACAAUUUUUACCGAUCAAGACACGGGAGAUUGUUGUAGGAUCUCCAAACAAUAAGAAAGCAUAA